GAUCUGUUGAUGCAAACUGCCACUCUUCUUUAUGGAGAUGCCAGCAAUUUCUUGUCAUGGUCUUCCAGUUCGUUCCUGCCGUAUCUACGACUCACUAGACCCCAGUUCUGCACAUCAUCUUGUGCACACGACACUACAAGAACCAGCCGUGUUUGGCAGCAUGAUUGAGCACUGGCAGUACAGAAACAUGUGGACGCCGCAGCGUCUGAGCGAAGUCUUCGGAGACAAGAGAACAAAAUUUCGGAUAAUUCCCCGGAUGGUGAAUGAAUCGAGUGGCGUUGUCUGGGAGACGCAGUGUCAGUAUGUUGAUGCUUCAUUCAUUGACUUUCAGCGCUGGAUAAAAGGAGACCAGCGAUUCGAGGAAACUGAUGAUUGUGGAGUUAUCAUUUCGUCGUCGAAAUGUUCAAGGAUGGACGAUGGAUUUCAAUUCGAUGCUCCAAAACUCGGAGAUUUCAACCCGGUUGUUCAUGCCGCAUACGCCGAUUAUAAAUACAUCCGGGAUUUAUUUUUAGAAAUACCUGUGUAUAAAGAGGCCGUUGAUUGGUCGCCGUUUGGACAUCCGGAAAUGACUGGUGAACAUUCCACGUUUUGGUUGGGCUCAAGUGGAGCACACACACCAUGCCAUUAUGAUACAUAUGGAUUUAAUUUAGUAGCACAGCUGUAUGGGAAGAAACGGUGGACGCUGUUUCCUCCCGAUCAGUCUGCGUGUUUGUAUCCAACGAGGUUACCGUAUGAAGAGUCGAGUGUUUUUAGCCGAGUUAAUAUCAAACAACCCGACUUGGAGACGUAUCCAUGGUUUGCAAAUGCCGAGCCUGUGGAGGUUGUGUUGGAGCCUGGUCAUGUCUUAUUUGUUCCUAAGCACUGGUGGCAUUUCGUCGAGAGUCUCAACACAUCGAUCAGUGUUAACAUGUGGGUGAACGUCGAGAGCGACUGUUUGGAUCGCGUACAAGAGGCUAUUGCCAGGAACGUGGUGAUGAGCAUGAGAACACCCAACGAGGCAGCACGUCCUGAAGAUUGGAUGGUUUCCCCAGAUCAGCAUGCCAGCUCAGAAGAGAACCUAUCGCUGCUCAAUGCUGCACUCACUGACUUAGCACACAACCUUCAACCACACACAGAGCAAAGAAUUGAUAUCACAAAUGAUGACCUCAUCAACAUAUUGGCUCAUCCCGAUGUCGUACGACUCGCCUCUCAAAAACUAUUGGAACAAGCUGGUAUCAUAUAGACUUAUUAAUAUUAACAGUAAUGAAUUUUGAUGUACAUUUAUAUUGCCUUAAAAUAAUAACUAUAACCAUUGUGAAUAACCAGUAGUCAGAACAUUGCAUGCCAUGGCGAGUUACUUCGGAGGUGUUGCUGCUGUUGGUCUUCUCAUCGCGUCAUCUGACAUGUUGGAGAGUGAUGGCAUUUGUGUGGAGUCGGUUGGUCGAGUGAAUACGUACAUGGUGGAAGGCACGAGCGUUGUGCCUUGGAGUGAC